AAACAAAACAACACAAAGAUCUCUCUCUCUCUCUCUCUCUCUCUCUCCCCCCCUAACAGAAAUGUAAGAGAACACAAAAUCAAACAACAGAGACAGACACAGAGAAUAAGAGAAUUAGGGUUUUUUUUUCUUUUUUUUAGCGACUGAUAAUUCGUUAUUAUAGUCAAAAUGCCGUUGACGAGAUAUCAGAUAAGGAACGAAUACCGUUUAGCCGAUCCAGAGUUGUUUAAAGCAGCUGAUAAAGAUGAUCCAGAAGCGCUUUUGGAAGGUGUCGCCAUGGCUGGCCUCGUCGGCGUCUUGCGCCAGCUCGGUGACCUCGCCGAGUUCGCUGCUGAGAUUUUCCAUGACCUGCAUGAGGAAGUAAUGACAACUGCAGCAAGAGGCCAUGGGCUGAUGGCUCGUGUACAACAGCUCGAGGCAGAAUUUCCUUCAAUUGAGAAGGCAUUUCUCUCCCAAACUAAUCAUUCACCAUUCUUUUCCAGCUCAGGUGCUGACUGGCAUCCUAAUUUACAAAUGGAGCAGAAUCUAAUUACUCGUGGAGGCUUACCUCACUUUGUAAUGGACUCUUAUGAAGAAUGCCGUGGCCCACCACAGUUAUUCCUUUUGGAUAAGUUUGAUGUUGCGGGGGCUGGGGCAUGUUUGAAACGUUAUACCGAUCCAUCAUUCUUUAAAGUUGAAGCAGCAUCCUCUGGAAUAGCAACUGUAGAAGUUCAGAGGGGGAAGAAAAUUCGAAAGAAGAAGAAAGGAUCACGGUAUAAAAAUGGAGAAACUCCUGAAGUUGUACCAACAUCACAUGCCAAAUUGCAUGAGUUGUUUUUGGAGGAGCGUUCUGAAAAUGGCCAUUCUGACCCUGCACGGCUAGUGAAAUUAAAGAGAAGGCUGUUCAACGGAUCUCCAUUUGAUCUGAAACCUGGGAAGAGUUACAUGCAGAAAUUUGUGCUUACUCCUUCACCAGAUCGUAAACAAGUUUGUGAAGAUUCUGUCACUCGUUCACCUUUGAAGUUGACAUUAGAUAAUUCUAGUGAAUCAAGGUAUGAAAUACAUGAGGUCAGUGUGGCAAGCCCUGUGAAGCAAUCAUCACAUGGAGGGGAAAGCACAUCUUCAUCACCCAGUGAACGGGAGGCCACGCUUAAAACUUUUAUGGACGAGUUGAAUGGAGAGCCUGUUGAUAGUAGAAUAAUUAAGGUACUUAACCCAAUUGUUGAUCGUGAGAUGGAUGAAUAUCCCCUUAUUGUCCAAAAGAUGGUGAUUGAAGAGGAAUCAUCAGUUGAUGCAGAUGGAAAAGCAGAGGGCACUGUAGAUGGGGAUCAUUCUGAUGACAUGACAAGCGAGGUGGAAAACUACAUGGAUGCUCUUACUACCAUGGAUUCUGGAAUGGAAACAGACAAUGAGUAUAAACCUAUGAAUGGUCAGGACUUCAUGGAUGUGAGGGCACACGGUGCAGAUUCUGAUGCGAACGAGGAACAGCUGGAUGCUCAAGCUAAUUUUUCAGAUUCUCAAUCCAUUGGAAACUCUUCUCUGUCAGAGGGUGGGAACAGUUCGUUUAAGAAAGGAACGUCUAGCUUUUCUUACUCUGACACUCUCAGCAAUGUGGCUGAGAAUACAGCAUCUGAUGGUGAAGGAGCAGGUAAAUGGUUCCCUUCUAUCUCUUCUACUGAAAACUAUCCAAGAGACAUUGCUGAUUUGCCAUCAGAUAGUCCAUCUGUAUUUGUGGAGAGUGGCAUAACUGAAUCCCAUCACCUUGUAACAUUCAAUGAUACCGAGGAAGACAAAAUCCCUGAUUCUGGUGAAGCUUCUCGUAGUUCAUGUCUUACAGAUUGGAAUCUUGUGUUCCUGCAUGCAGCUCCUGUUGCAGGUUCCAUGGUAAGCCCCCUGGCAGGACCUGAACUAGAUGAGGCAUCCUCUGGCAGUAUUGAACCUGGCUCUGAAUCACCAAACUCCGAUAGGAAUGGUUUAAACCUGGCUGAUUUCCCUUCGCAACUGGGGCAUGAUACUUCACUUACAGAUUCUUCUAAAACUCAUUCUGUUGGUGAGUUGGAUCAUGAAGAUCAAAAAAUGUUAACCGAUGCUGUUGUGCUUGUGUCAAAUGUGUCAGAUCUGGCUUUUGAAAAGAAAGGCAGUGAUGAUUCUGUGAAUGGAGUGCUUCAGACAGAUUAUGCAGCUGAACAUUCAACUAUGACACCGGCAGAGGAGCGAUUUCCUAAGUCAACUUUGCCUGUAGUCGAGUUGGAUUCAGGGGUCCUAUCUCUGCCUGAUAAUUUGGAUUUUGUAAAGCCUGACGUUUUAGUUUCUGAAGUUGACGAUGCAAUUGCAACAAGGGAGACUAGAGCAGAAAAUUUAACACUAGUGGUGGAUACUUCAGAGACCGAAUGCGUUAGCGAGCAUCACUUCUCUGAUAUGACUAUUGAUGCUUCACAAUUGGAACUUGACUCAUCUAAAUUAGGAGUUCCAUGUUCUGAAGUGAAUAUAAAUCUUGAAGAAAUUCCCAACGGUUUUGAUGCUGAGGAAAACAUUGCAUUCACAAAGGUGGAUAUUACAAGAGGAGAUGCUGCUUCAUUCGAACAUCAGUCAUUGAGUUCAGAUAAACCAAUACUUGAAGAUCAUGUAAAUUUGGAUGAUGCUGUAACUGAAACUGGUCAAGCAGAAGAUAUGGCUGUAUCUAGUGCUGCUUCAAGUGGUGCGAACAAUGAAGAUGUCAGCAAUGUGAUUUGUCCCUCUUCAGAGUUAGUUUGUUCCCCGCCUAGGAAUGCUACAGAGCCACUAGAAGCUCUUUCCAUCCCUGAGGAUCCACAUCUGACAAGGUUGGACCUCGAUGAGGUAAUUUCCGCCAAACCUUUGUCAGAAUCACAGGUGCAGAUGGAAGUUACUUCUAUAGAUUGGGAUUCUAACCCAUAUAAACCAGUUUCUGAAGACCAUCCAAAUCAAGAGGUAAGUGAAGUUCAUAACCUGUCUUUGGAACUGAGCAACCAGGAGUCAGAAACAAAAGAUAACCAUCAGCAUCAUUAUGCGGAGGCUAGCGACAACACUGUUUGUUUGCCUUUGUGUUAUCUACCAGAGUCGGGAAAUACUCUAGAACAAUCAACUGAGGUGCAAGAUGAUCAGUUUAGUGCAGAGUCCAGUCAUGCAGACAACACAAAUACUUUGUUGAGUAGUCAAACUUCAUCUACUGGGUACCUUGUAGGAACUGGAAUUCCUCUGGAGCACACAUUGGAAUUGCAAUCUGAUCAACUAGACAGGGGAUGCUUGAAAUUAGGUGAAGCAAGUUCUAUAUCAACAGAUCUUCAGUCUGAAAGUUCCUGUUUGAAAGAUCUCUCCAGUCAAGAGCAUUUACUGCAAUCAUUCUGUCAGGAACGUAAUGCAACUGUUCUGGAAACAAAUCCAUUUGAUUCUGCUUUUCCUAGCUUUGGUGUACUCCCUGUCCCUGAGGCAAGUCAGGUCUAUCCAGAGGCAAUGCCACCAUUGCCACCUCUACCUCCUAUGCAAUGGAGGUUAGGGAAAAUUCAACCUGCUUCACUAGAUGCAGACAGAGAUAUGAUUGAUAACAGUGAAGGCACUUUCCCACUGAUCCAGCCAUUUAUGGUUGAUCAGCAGGUCCAUUUUGAUUUCCCAUCAUUAGAUAGAGAGAUCGCGCACCCUUCAAACCCAUUUCUGUCUCUCCCUGUUGAAGAAAGUCGGAUGUUUCCACACUCGACUACAGAGUCAAUGGGAAAUUCCUUGCUUCCAACUCCACUCUUGUCAGAAACACCAAUCAUUGACAAUGAUGCACACUGUCAACAGGAUCACCUCCGAUCAGACACAACACAAUCUGUGAGCUCAUCUUUGGCUUUACCAGAAAUGUCCGAUGAGAGGCAUGAGCAUGGUUUCCUUCCAUUAGGAGGAGAAUCCGCACAAUCUAGUUCCAAUCCAUUCUCACUAGAGCCAAACAUAGAACAUACGACUGCUGUAAAUGAUCCCAUGCCAACACAGGGCCUGCCAAUCCAUCCAUUUAAUCAAUCAGCACCCAAAACAGGAUUAGACAUGAAGUUUCCUGGACAGAGUUCACAAAGUUCAGAAGAGGAACUAGGGAAUUCUUAUGGUAAAUCUGCAGCGCCACUAACUAUGGAAGAAGAGCCGCAUCAUGAUUUUGUAACUUCACAGGGAUUAACAAUGUGGCCGCCGACUGCAUUAGCUAUGACACCACCAACCUCUGAAGUUGGAAAGCCAAAUGGAAACAAGAUCCCUCGUCCUAGAAAUCCUCUCAUUGAUGCUGUUGCUGCACAUGAUAAAAGCAAGUUGAGAAAGGUUGCUGAACUAGUUCGACCUCAGGUUGGACCAAAAGUAGAAGAAAGAGAUUCACUUCUGGAACAGAUACGAACCAAGUCCUUUAACUUGAAGCCUGCAACCGUGACAAGGCCUAGCAUUCAGGGUAUUCAGGGUCCAAAAACCAACUUGAAGGUCGCAGCCAUCUUAGAGAAAGCAAAUGCAAUUCGCCAGGCAUUGACUGGAAGCGAUGAAGAUAACGAUUCAGACAGCUGGAGUGAUUCUUAGUCAAAACUCUCAAGUCUCACCUACAUCACUCCAAGGUGGCAGCUAUUGCCUCGAAAUUCUGCAGAGAUAUUAUAUCCUCCCUUCAAGUAAAUAGCAAACAUCUACAAUUUUUGGUAUUCUUUUGCUCUCAACACUAUAUCACGUAUAACACAGCCUUUCCCCCCCUAAGACUCGUGUCCUCACCCCUGACAUAUAAUCAACGAGGAUGUAAUUGCUGGUAUGCUGCUCUCUGUAUCCAUGGAAAUCCAGUGUCAGGGUGAAAUGGUUUAUACAAGAACGACUGUGGCUCGGCGUGUAAGCGCUCUACCCAUCAAAUUGUAUUGUUCUUUCUCUAAAUAUAUUAGCAGUUGUAAAUUGUCAGAGACAUAAAUUUUGAUGUGUAAGGAACCGAAUAUGAAAUUUUGCAACCUUGUAAGUGUUGUCAUGAUAGGUAGUUUCUGUCAUACAUUGCUGUUCGUUUCUGGCUUAGGAACGAUCCUGUGAUGGUUUGGGUGAUCCUUUACUGUAAUUAUCAUUGAUUUGGCACUAUAGUUUUGUUACUUCCAAUUGAAUAUAUUGCAGUCAAAAGUGGAA